GUGACGCGCAUGCGCAGAACAAAAAGCGGGAAAACUUCAAAAUGGCGGAUGAAACGAGAAUUUCUGUCGCAAGUCGACAGCUCCCGAACAGAAUUCUCGAGAAAUUGCGCCGAGAGAUGCAUAAGAUUGCACAAAGCAAGUCUUGGGAUAAUGAUACUAAGAAGAAGUUUGAAGGGAAGCUCUUGGAGCUGUAUAAAGAUACGGUGGAAGACAGUGUCAAGCGUAAUGUUGCCGUGGAAAAUCCCUCAACGGUUGACUCAGAAGAGAAAGAGGCGAAGAAAAAAGCAGAAAAGAAGAAGCGAUUGGAGUUGAUUGAAAUGUGGACAGAAGUUGAAGAGCUAAUCAGAAGUACGACAUCCAAGCGUAAGGUGUACCCUCCAAAGGUUGUUGCCGCCAUUGACACUAUGUUAAGAAGCAAGGUGCAAGUUGUGGAGGAAUACCACCCAUCUAUAAGAAGUGAACCUCUUCCAUCAAGUUCGUCAGUAAGUGAAAAAGAUGUUGAUGAAUUCACAAGUGCUCUCACGACAGCUGGCCAUGAUCUGUCUUCUCUAUCAAAGGAUUUUCCUCAGCUCAAAGGCAAACUUGAAGCUAUGCUUGAGGCCAUUAGACUGCAAAAAGGAAUGGAGACGAGAGAAACAGAUGCUAUUGUGUUUGGUGCUGACACGCCAAGACGAAGCUAUCGGACAAAAACCACAACGCCUAUGAAUAAAAGUAUCAGAACCAGUGAGAUUUAUAGUCUUCGAUCUACAGGCAAGCGAGAACACAAUCAAACUUUAUCUAAGAAGUCACUAUCAUCACAAUUCAAACGAAAAAAGUAAUAAACUAGAGAAAUAGUUAGUCUUGUAAAUUUUAUGUAAAAAAAGUUUUAAACUUGGAGAAAAUACAAAAAUGAACACUUGUCAGACAAUAAGUACAUAAUGUUUUACAUACCAUGAAUAAGAGACAACUUUUAUUACUUCUGGUAGUUCAAUAAUCAUUAUACCACCCAUGGUUUUCCCCAAUUAUAAAAUGUUUUGUGACUGGCAAAAUGUGUUUUAAGAAGCAGUUUAAGUUUCAUUUUCAGUUACCACUCAUAAUGUUUCAGUUUAGUAUAAUCAUAUUUUAACACCAAAAUUUGUAUUGUAGUCUAGAUACCAUACUAUACUUCUAGAUACGUAAACAGUACAUUAUCACCGAUACUAUUAUAAUAAAUGCUCAAAUACAUGUAUAAUACGUGAGUAUUGGAUAUAUAUCAUGGAUUGAAGAAAUGGUGAUAAAUGUUAUACUUACACUAGAUACUUUUUUAACCAAUGUUUACCUUGUAAAUAGUUUGCAGUAUUUCAAAAACUAUCCUUUGUGGAAAAGAUAUUUUGACAAAUAAAUUAUUGAUAAAUUGCA